AUGAUGUUACCAUGGAAACAAAUUGUUCUGCUAUCAAUCACUGGAUGCCUUGCAGUCUGCACAGAGGAUGUCAUAUUCCAAGGGCCAAGAUGGAGGACGGAGCCAAGUGACCUCAUUUUACCAAUCAACUCCCCAGACCAGCAGGCUACCAUCAUGUGUGAGGCAGAAGGGAGUCCUCCUCUGCAGUACAGAUGGUCACUAAACGGAACACUCAUUGAUCUGAGGAAUGACUACCGGCGUCACAUGUCUGGGGGCAGCCUGAUCAUUAGCAAACUGGACAAGGACCAAGACACCGGGCUGUACCAGUGCACGGCCUUCAACACAUGGGGCUCCAUCCUCAGCCGCAGAGCCAGCCUCCAAUUUGCAUAUCUUGAUCAGUUCAAAACCCAAGCUGUAAGGAAUGCGGUCAACGUCCGUGAGGGCCAGGGAGUGGUGCUGCUUUGUGGACCGCCGGCGUAUUCUGGAGAGCUGGCAUUUGCAUGGAUCUUCAACGAAUACCCGUUCUUUGUCCAACAAGACAGUCGUCGGUUCAUCUCUCAGGAGACCGGGAGUCUUUACAUCACUAAAGUGGAGCCCUCAGACGUUGGGAACUACACCUGUGUGGUGAACAACACCGUCACGAGGGAGAAGGUGCUCAGCUCUCCAACACCCCUGGUCCUCAGGAGUGAUGGAGUAAUGGGUGAAUACGAACCGAAAAUAGAAGUUCACUUUCCUGACUCAGUUCCAGCUGCGAAGGAAUCGGUAGUGAAACUGGAAUGCUUCGCUCUGGGAAACCCCGUCCCAGAAAUAAGCUGGAGGAGAACCAGCGGCGUCCCUUUCCCCAGCAAAGUCAAGAUGAAGAACUCAAACGCCGUCCUUGAAAUCCCUAAUUUCCAGCAGGAAGACGCGGGGACGUACGAGUGCAUGGCAGAGAAUCGACGAGGCAAAAAUGCGGCGCGGGGCCGUAUUUCAUUCCAUGCUAAACCUCACUGGCUCCAGACGAUGACGGACACGGCUCUGUCCAUCGAGGAAAGCCUCUUCUGGGAGUGUAAGGCCAAUGGAAAGCCUAAACCCUCCUACAGCUGGUUGAAGAAUGGGGAGCAGGUGAUGGGUGAGGGCCGGGUGCAAAUCGAAAACGGGGCCCUUUCUAUAGCAGCACUAAACGUGUCAGACUCUGGGAUGUAUCAGUGUGUGGCUGAAAACAAACAUGGCAUUAUUUAUUCCAGUGCCCAACUAAUGGUUUUAGCCUCACCGCCCAGCUUCUCCAAAAGUCCGUUGAGGGCCUUGCUAAAAGCUCGCUCAGGCAGCGAAGUCACUCUCGAAUGCAGGCCUCAGGCCUCGCCCCCAGCAAUUAGCCUGUGGAAGAAAGGGAAUGAGAUCCUGCAGAGAAGCGAAAGGAUUACUCUGCUUCCCAACGGAACAUUAAAGAUCACCAAUGUCACCAGACGGGACGCAGCCAGCUACACCUGCAUCGCUAAGAACCAGUUUGGAACAGCAAGCACCACUGGGCGGCUGCUCAUCACUGAGCCCACCAGAAUCACCAUGAGGCCCACUAACAUGGAGAUUAUUGUUGGCGAGAGCAUCGUGCUGCCCUGCCAGAUUGCCUGCGAUCCAGCCCUGGAUGUCUCUUUCUCGUGGGCAUUCAACGGCCAGCUCAUCGACUUCCAGCGAGACAGCGAUCAUUUUGAAAGAGUGGGCGGGAGUAUAUCAGGGGAUCUGAUGAUUCGUAACAUCCAGCUCAGCCACGGUGGGAAGUACGUCUGCGCCAUAGACACUGACGUGGAGAGCCUGUCCACCUCUGCAAUCUUAGUUGUCAAAGGUCCACCAGGUCCCCCGGACAAGGUGUCGGUGGAGGAGAUCACAGACAGCACGGCCCAGCUUUCCUGGACUCCUGGUCGAGACAACGGCAGCCCCAUCACAGGCUACAUCCUCCAGGCCCGGACGCCUUUCACAGUGGGCUGGCAGGCUGUUGACACAGUGCCGGAGGUGGUCAAUGGGAACAUGCUGACAGCCACAGUGGUGGGUCUGAAUGCCUGGGUGGAGUACGAGUUCAGGGUGGUGGCUCGCAACGCUGUGGGCCUGGGGGAGCCCAGCCCGGCCUCGGCCAAGACCAGGACUGAGGAUGCCAUUCCUGAUACAGCUCCCACUGAUGUUGGAGGUGGAGGCGGCACAAAGUCUGAAUUAGUGAUAACAUGGGAGCCUGUGUCAGAGGAACUGCAAAAUGGAGAGGGCUUUGGCUACAUCAUCGCCUUCCGGCCGGUGGGCACGGUCACGUGGACCCGGGCGGCCAUCUCCGUGACGGGCGUGGCACGCUACGUCUUCCGCAACGACACCAUCCCGCCCUUCUCGCCUUUCGAUGUGAAAGUGGGGGCCUACAACAACCGAGGGGAGGGGCCCUUCAGCUCGAUUGGCGCCGUGUACUCAGCGGAGGAAGUCCCCAGUGUAGCUCCGAAGAGGGUUAGGGCGAGAAGUGUGUCUGCAGCACAAAUUGAAGUGAUCUGGGAAGCACUGCCUGCCGUCCCUGAAAGAGUGCUUGGAUACGAGGUUGUGUACUGGGAAGACGACACCAAGCCUGACACUGUUGGCAAAGUGCGCAUUUCUGUAAACUACACGCUGGUUAACAUCACAGGGCUGAAAGCGAACACAGUGUACUACCUCUCUGUGGCUGCUUUCAAUACAGCUGGCCCCGGGCCGCAGUCGGCACCCAUCAACACCACCACAAAGAAACCACCCCCAGACAGGGCUCCCCUGAACAUACAAUGGACCAUGAUUGGCUCCACACUCACGCUGCACUGGGAUCCCGUAGUAGCCAUGGAGACAGAGUCAAAGGUCACUGGAUAUUUGGUGCUGCUGAAAAGAAAUCGCUACAACGACAUCAGCACCAUCGUGACCAGCAAAACCACUGUGGAGCUCAGCCUUUCCUCCAGCGACAACUAUCUCAUUCAGAUCAAGGCCACGAGCGAGGGCGGUGAAGGUGUGGGCAGCGAACCCAUCCACAUCCACAAAUUAAGCAUGGGCGCGAGAGGCUCCGGAGCGAGCCCCCUCUGCCCGUUGCUCCUCCCUGCAGUCCUCAUCAGUGCACUGCUCUGCUCCGUCUGGUGA